AUGAAAAUAGUUUAGAACUUCGAAAUAAUACAUUGAAAUUUUAAAAGACACUUUUUUUAAUGUUUGAGCUGGUUAACAGUCUUUUUAUUGUUUCGAAUCACUUCCGUGAAGAUAUUUGAUCGACUAAACGACCAUUUGGGCUAAAAAACGAUGGUGCUUCUUUCACUAUCUUGGUUUCUGUCCAUUUUUCAUUUAAAAAAACUAUCCCUCUCUCUCUUUCUCUCUCUAAAUCAGCCAGUGAAAAUGCUUAUCUUGUAGGCUGCAUGUCAUUCUCCUCUAGUCUUGUUCAUGUCUCUUUACUUGAGCCUUCAUUUUCCACUAAAUUAGCCUCUUCAAUACCAUUUAUUGUUUCCUUGUAAGCUCUUCCCAUGCCCUUGCCUAAACUCCAUUGCCACUCUUUCUUCCACAGCAUAACCUACUCUGAAAGCUCAUCCUUUUUAGUCAUAACUCCAAAAUGUCCUCCUAACGCCAAUUGAUUCCUGGCCUCACGUCUCAGACUGCACACUUGGUACUUUUCUGAAAUGGGUCUGCUUAAAGUUGCACUUUUGGUUUGUCUUUGUUGGGUUUUUUCUCUUUUAUGUUUAGGAGCUCGCUGCCAUGGUUCUGAGAUCACUGUGAAGUUCUUGGAGGUCCCUAAUGCUUUCUCACGCUUAAACUCAGCCACAUUUGUGUUUGAAAUUUUAGUGAACGGCCACCGCGAUAAUUGCAAGCACUGCAACAUCAGUUGCUCGCUGGAUAACAGCCACUCUUUAAACUGUAAUGACAGAAAGAUUUUCUACUCUGAUUUGGUGGAUGGAGAGCAUAGAUUCAAGGUCUGCACUAAUUUUUCCAAGGGAGUUGGCUGUUCUAGCCACAACUGGACUGUUGAUACAGUUCCGCCCACAGCAUCUAUUAUGGCCUCAACAGCAUUCACAAACGCUCUAAAUGUUUCUGUAAAUAUAUCUUUCUCAGAACCUUGUAAUGGUGGAGGUUUCGGAUGUUCAUCUGUCGAGGCCUGCAACCUACUGGUAUAUGGUGAAGGGAAUGUUAUACCAUCAUCUUUCAAAGUUCUUCAGCCCAACCUCAAAUAUUCACUUUCUGUGGCCUUGGCAUCUACCAUUCAAUAUGGAAGAAUUAUAUUAGUAAUGGAUAAGAACUUCUGUACUGAUAGUGCAGGAAACAUAUUCACAAGAACAGAAAAUUCCAUUUCUUAUGUACACUUUGAUAGAAGAAAACUAGUUCCUAACCUGAAAACUCGUGUUCCCGAAAGGCUAAUCCAGCUCAACGACGACAUCAGACUGGUACAAGCAACAAAUAAAUAUGAUAACUUAAAGCUCUAUUUGUACUUUUCAGAGUCAGUUCUUAAUUCAUCUCUGGAAGUUUUGAAUUCUCUUGAAGUAAGCAAAGGCAGGUUGCUUCCAAUUCAUGGAAGGAGUCUCGGAAAUCGCAGAUUCAGCUUUUCGGUCACAAAUGUUUCGGGAAUUGCCAUAAUCACAGUAAGCCUCAAGCCUAACUCUAUAAUAAGCAGACAAGGAAAUCCUGUUUCACCACUUCCACCAGUUACUUUCCUUUAUGAUUCUCUUAGGCCCACCGUGAUGCUUAGUACAACUACUUAUACGAGGACAAAAGACGAAAGAUUUUCGGUCUCUGUGAGUUUCGUUAAGCCUGUAUUUGAUUUCAACUCAUCCUGUGUAUCGAUUCGUGGAGGUCGUUUGCUAAGCUUUCGUGAGAUGGGCAGGAAUACGUACUCCCUUGAAGUACAAGCUGAGCAUAAAGUCGUAUCUGUCAGUGUCCCUGAAAAUGUAACAGUCGACGUUGCAGGAAAUCGUAAUCUAGCAUCGAAUGUUCUGCAAGUGUGGCACUAUUCUAUACCGAAAAUAUCUACCGUCGUUUCGAUCUUUACAAUCGCUACAUUCACGGCAACAUCCCUUGCAGCAGGACUACUGACUGUAUCAACAGCUAGCCUUCAAUCAGAAGGAGUAUUCAUGAGAUCAUCUUCUUUUCUGACAUAUAAUCCUACAAGGAACAUUUUCAGAAUUGCUUGCCACAUUCAAAUUUUCGCGCUAUCUAUAUGGCUGCCGGUUACAUUGCCUGUUGAGUACUAUGAAUUUGCUAAGGGUUUGCAAUGGAGUAUUCCUUACCUUAGGCUUCCCUGGGAAAAUGAACAUGAUCGUCCUGAUAUAAGUGGCUACAGCCCCUUUACUGGAUCAAAUCCUUAUCUUUCCAAAACUCUUCAUUCAGAAGCUCUUCAAAACAAGGUUCCAGGCGAUAACUUUACUAUGGUUGAUCAGUUAUAUGGAUUGCCCCUUACUCCAAUGGAAUACAGAUCAUUUUUUGAGAGCCAAAAUAUCAAACCCCAAGCUGAUAAUAUUUUUGGAGCAGGAAGUUACAGUCGCAGGUGGAAUGAUUUAUACAGAAGCAUGUUCUGGUUUGGAGUUUUUGCUGGCAGUUUGAUAUUUCUCCAUGCGCUUUUCCUUCUUAUCAUGAAAUGUCGAAAGAAAAUAUACAACACACAGGGAAGCUAUGGAGCACUUACCUUCCCUAGAUUUGAGAUAUUCCUUGCAUUUGUAGCACUACCUUCCAUGUCCAUGGCCUCAGGCGCGCUAUUCCGAGGUGGAGCUCUGGCAGGAGUAAUAGUUGGAGUUUUGCUGCUCGGCGUUCUGUCGCUUCUUUUGCUAGCCUUACUGUUGUUUCUGUCGAUCGGAAUCACGUUCGGGAAGCUACUUCAGUACAAAGAAGUUCAUCAAGAAGGCCAGAAAUUUCAUUGGUAUCAAGAACUUGUUCGUGUAACUCUAGGUCCUGGCAAGAGAAGUCAAUGGACUUGGAAAAACCAGCCAAACUCUGUUUUCCUGAUCAUUUUUGGGCCAAUGUUUGAAGAUCUUAGAGGUCCCCCAAAGUAUAUGCUUUCUCAGAUUUCUGUGGCGAAUCCCAACAAACGUGGCGAUCGGAUUAUUGACUCCGACGAUGAAACAGAAGAUGCCGAAGCACCAUUCAUCCAAAAGCUGUUUGGCAUCCUUCGGAUAUACUAUACGCUCCUCGAAUCUAUCAGACGAGUCACUCUUGGAAUCAUGGCUGGUGCCUACAAGGAAACACUGUCUUCCAGAACUCCAACGGUUGCCUUACUAUGUAUCUCAUCAUUUCAGCUGUUUUUCCUUGUUCUCAAGAAGCCAUUUAUCAAGAAAAAGGUUCAGUUGGUCGAAAUCAUUUCGAACACAUGUGAAGUCAGUCUUUUUGCUAUUUGUGCAGUUCUCAUAGAUAACGACUUUUCAAUCAGUGCUCGGACGAAACUCGGAAUAACCAUGCUGGUGCUGUUCCUUAUAGGCUACUGUCCUCAACUGAUCAAUGAAUGGUAUGCUUUGUACAAACAGGCAAAGCAGCUUGACCAUGCUGGGAAAUCUUUCUUUUCAGGACUCAAAGUGGCUUUUAUUGGAUUCCUCCUCCUGUUUCUCCCACAGGGAUUCACUAGAAACUUGGAAAGUAUAUUCUCAGUGAACCUUAAUGGAGACUCCGAAACCGUGGAUAACUCAUCCGAUAGGAACUUGUCUGUCAGUCGAAGCUCGAGUAAUGAGAAACCAUGGUUGAAACAACUUCGGAAGUUGGCAAAGGCAAGCUUCACUAAAGAGCAAGGUGGAACUUCAAAUGAUCCUUCAGGAAGCGGUACACGGUGGAGCGGACUAUGGGGGCGGAGAAGUAGGAGCAGAAGUAGUAGAAGCUCCUCCAUAAGUUCAUCUGAUUUCCGGUCUAAAUCCAGAGGCUUGUACAAGGAAUUUGAAACCAUUUUUUCAUCCAAGUGAAACUAAAACACAAAUGUAUUAGUAUGAUCUUCUGAAGUUCAUUCAUUGGUAGUUUAUCAUCCCAUAGUUGGAUCAUUUUGGGUGUAGAAUACAGACGAUUGGGUUCUAAGCUGUGAUUGGUUCCAUAGUUGGAUCAAAUGUAUAAGAGCUUCAGACUUAUUCUCAUGCA